UCAUCGUCGUCAUUGGGGGCAGCGUGCACAUUCAGUCCGUCAUCACCCCUGGACGUCUCCGGUGUGAAGUGGGCAACAAUUAUUGUUAUCAUCCCAAUAAUCCCCUCGUCCUCUAGCUUUUCUCCGUGUCUCUAAUCAGUGUUGUCGUUGGGACUGGUUAGGGAGUGCCUGAGUACUCGGCCAGCAUAGCAUCCUCCAUCCUGGUUGCUACUAUUACUAUAUCCUACCCUAUCAGUGGGGCUCUGCGGUCACCUGUGAUCCAUCUCAGUCCACCUACACCCCUCAGAUAGUUGCUGGAAGUGUUGUUGUUGGGUGAUGUUGAUGAAGUUUGAAAAGUGAUUGGUAGGAUCCAUUGAUCCCCAGUGAAGUGGAACCAGGGAACAACACACUGGCUAGGGCAGGAAUGGGCUCGAAUGGACCAGUGAUUAGUUGCCGCUCUGUGUGCCAUCCAUAAGCAUCCUUUCUAAUCAGCAUGGCCUAUGUCAAUGUGACUGAGUGGAGGGCCGAACAAGUGGCCGAUUGGUUACAAGGUCUGGAUGAUUCCGUGUAUUCUUACGCACACUUCUUCAUCAACAAUAACGUGACCGGUCAAGGACUCCUGAAUCUUACCGUGGAUGAUCUUUACAAGCUUCAUGUGGAGAAACUAGGUCAUCAAGAGAUCAUAUUGGAGGCCUUGGAAUUGCUCAAGAACUUGCAUUACAACUUGGACACGGAAAAUCUGCAAUAUGUCUGCCUCCGACUCAGUUGCAAAGCACGAUCACUUUGGAACGAAAUCCGAGUGGCUGGAUACCCGCAGGAUAAGAAAACCGUUCCAACUGAAAUGAUGGCAGCUUGCGCAGACGUCUUGGAUUCGCUCCAGGUCCUGAUCUCUUGGUUGGAUCGCCAUCCUUUCCGUCAGAAUCAGCAUUACACAAUAUUCAAAUGGGAGAUGCUCAAGAUCAGUAUUGACUUGGCAACGAGCACCAACCGCGACCAAUUCUCGGAAAGGCCGAUUCAAGUCAUUAGUGACUCCUGCAAGAGCUUGGCCGAUGUGUCAGAUCGUCUCAUCCAGGACUGUAAGGACUCAUUGUUCCUUCAACCCGCCUAUUUGGAUGUGAUGACCACCAAGCGAAAAGCGGAUGAAACUGACUUCGGUGUGAUCUUGUGCAAGCAUUUCUCGGGCGCCCAUUUGGUCCGAGACAUCCGAUUCGGCUCUUUGGCCUAUCAAUCCGGACGGAUAGGUAUCGGCGACGAGAUCGUUCAAAUCAACUAUCAAACCGUGGUUGGCUGGCAGUUGAAGAAAGUGAAGAAGAUCAUGGAGGAAAAUCCGUCCUCGCUCAUCCUCACCCUCAAGAAGAUCCCCACCGAGUCCCCUGUCAUCGGGCAGAUUUACAUUAAACCCUUUCGGAUCCCUGCCCGACAGAAGAACACAAAGAACAUAUUCAACAACCUGUCCAGUCCAAGAGCCGAGUUACUCACCAUUUCGUCCUUGAAUUUCCCGGCUAUUCCAAGGAAUAUCCUCAAUACGGAUCCCGGUUUAAGUUCCGAUGAGGAUCGGGCCUCUCCCCUGAACAUCGUCGACACAUCAGACUUGGAACCAGAUGAUCCUCAAUCGAUCGUGGACCCUUCAGAAAGUGGUAAAUCUCCGACUCAAUCAAUCCGAUCCGUGAUCUCUCGACUUUCGAGGCCAAGAAGUGCUCCACAGAGAAGAAACACCAUUUCAGGACCGUCUCCGUCUCAAGAGAUCCCUUAUAUCAAUCUCAGAGAGAUCUGGGAACACGUCAACAAUCGCAAUAACAACACUUCAAAUGGGUCGAGUGCUCACUCCACGAUGCAAUCUAAGGACUCUGGGCUCUCAACGAUGUCCUCGCAUUUGCAAGGUGACUCAAGUUUGGACAUGGAACUGCGACAAAAACAAGGCGAUCCUUCGAGUGGCAGACCCGUGACAGUGGCCGCAUUUAAUCUUCAAAGCCAACAACGCAAUCGUGCCUCGUACAUGAAUGUGCCGGGGAAAGGAAGCAAGUCCUUCGAAUUACCCGCCACCAAUACUUCACUCGAUUCGGGUUUCAGUCAAUUCCCGUCUGAUGAACAGAGUCAGCGAAUAGCCAACCGUAAUCCCCUACCAAUCCCGAGAGUGGCUGGCACGCCUCAAAUUAGAAAAGCCACUCCUCAAAAGGAGCCCUCACUAAAGAAGAGACCAAUUCCCCAGCCUCGAAAACUGCCUCAAAACCAAGCACAAUCAUCGCCCACCCGAUCCAGUCCGUCCCGUAAGAGUUCCACGGGUAUGGACUCUAGUUAUGGGACCGACACGUCCACCCCUGCCACGCCCAAUUCUCUCUCAAAGUCUCUGAGGAACUUCAUUCCAGAGUCGGUGAAGGGACCCCCAGUUUUGCCCGUGCCCACGGCCAAUUUCAAGAGCUUUAAACGGGUCACCCCGACGCCCACCCCGCUUACUGAAGGCAAGACAAGAGCUCCGACCCCACAGCAUCGACCUACCCCACCCCCCACCCCCUCUCGCGGCAGUUCUCUGCAGAGCCCAGCUAAUCCAAAUCUUCCCGAAUAUGUCAAUACUACUCCGCCUGUGAUACCCGCCAGAGCCAAGCCUAAUAAUAAUCAUCACCCAACAGACCCCACUCCUCCAAAGAAGCAGACUUCGUCAUCCAGGUUGCAGGAAAACAUACCGCUUCCUACAACUGCACCGCCUCCAAGACCUCAAAAGUCGGGAUCGUCUUCCCAUGACCUCAAUGAGCCCGAAGCCGUCUUGAGACAAAAGAGUUCGUCGCCCCAUCACAAUCCUAGUCCGUCCAUGUUUACCCAAAGACAUGGACUCUAUUGUGCUCCUGAGGUGAAGCCGUCGCCCUCGAGAAAGAUAAGUGCCUCCAAUUCUGGGCCAGAGGGCUCACCUGGGCCUCAGGCCUCGGACCAUUAUCGCGAAGGGUCACCGGAGAAGAAUUGGAUCGACUCUUUGCGGCGAAAUCAGGACGAGGGAAAAGCUGUUACCUCGUCACCAGGGAAUGAAUCGCCACCAAGACUUCCCCAAAGAACGGCCGAGCUAAGGAGUGCUCAUACCUAUCAACCCCUGCCUCAAUAUAUGAUGUCUGCGAGUAAAGAGGAAGCUCAUGCCCUCCGUUAUGCCUUUGAUAUGGAUCUUGGUCAGGACCAGCGACCUCCGUUGCCUCUUCCAUCAGGGGCCAUGCCCAAUAUUCGGGGGUUAGUCAGAGACCGGCGGUUUGACUCGGAUGACGAGCACGAGUACACUCGUCUCUCCGAAAUGAGUUCAUCACCAUCGUCAGUGGCGCCCUCUGUGAGUCCAGGUAGUCACACUAACCAUGCCAGUGGACGACCAGGGGCCACUCCUAUGAUCCCCACCAAACCAAGCACUACAACAGCCAAUGAUUUACCUCCUCUCUUCAACCCAUCGUCCUACACUAUCCAAGAUAUCAAGCGAAACAAGAAAUCACACUAACCACUGCACUACUCUGUGUUCCCAAUUCUGCCAAAGUUGCAUUUCACAUCCUCUUUUUUAAGAAACCAGAUACCCCGUCAUCUAUAAACCUAUUAAACGAUUUGUCAAUAAAUCUGAUUAUCCAAUUAAA